ACCAAGGAAAACGCUGCCGGCGUGGUUGCUUUUAGGUUUUUCUCUGAGAUCAAUCCAAAUAAUGUUGCCGUCGGUCUAUAAGAUGGCGCAAGAGUUUGUAUCGAGUCUGAAAAGGUGCGAUGCAUUGACCAUCUAAUUUGUCCAUUUACUAUUCGUACGAUUCCUGCCACAGUCAAUCAUUUCAAACGCUUCGAAUUCUGGAUUCGGGUGGUUUACGUGUUCGCAUUUUAGAAGAACGUCAAUUAAAAUGGGUAACGUUCUUACUGUGGCAUCUGUGUCAGCCACUAAUGUAAUAGCACCAGCAUCUGAACAAGCUGCCAAACCUAGCAAUAUGAAAGGAUUUCUGAGUAAUCCACCGCUAGAAUGUCCAAUGCACAAACCAAAUCAGUUAAAUACUAUAGAUUAUACCAGCAAAUGUCCAAUAGAUAAAAUGGACGCAAGUGAUAUAAAUCCAUUAAACAUGAUGCCACCAGCAAAUCAACAACCUUCUCCAGGUCAACCGUUCUCAUUGCCAACUGAUAGAGAAGCAUCGACAAUACCAAACGCGACUAAACCUGGAGAUGAAACCUGGUUAUAUCCUUCUCAACAGAUGUUUUGGAAUGCUAUGUUGAGAAAGGGAUGGCGAUGGGAAGAAAGUGAUAUUAACCCACAAAUUAUGGAGAUUAUAGUAAAAAUUCAUAAUAUUAACAAUGAACAAGCAUGGAAGGAGGUUCUCAAGUGGGAAGCUCUUCAUGCACGUGAAUGCUGCAGUCCUAAAUUGCUCAGUUUUGCCGGGAACGCGAAGAAAUAUUCUCCACGUGCACGUAUUCGUUAUUGGAUGGGAUAUAAGCUGCCAUUUGAUCGACAUGACUGGGUCGUGGAUCGUUGUGGAAAAUCUGUAAGAUACGUUAUUGAUUAUUACGAAGGUGAUAGAGUCUACGAGAACUAUUCAAUUGCACUACUCGAUGUACGGCCCGCUAUGGAUUCAUGGGAAAAUAUUUGGGAUCGAAUGAAAGUAGCGUGGUGGCGAUGGAGGUACCAACCUAACGAUGAACCAAUAUCUGCUGCCAAUGCACAGUAAUUAAUAAAUCGGCGCUAAUACCAAAUAUUUUAGUUUGAAGUUUCAUCGAAAUAAUUAACGCCUUAAAAUGAUCGCGUAUGAUGUGACGCUUAUUACGCGUUAAGAUGUCGUUAUUGUAUGUAUAAAAGUUUGCAGAAUAUCACGAUUAAAGUGAGUCAAAAAAAUGUGUUUGUACAUCAUAAUCUUUUUUCAUUAAAAUAGAUCUUAAAGAUAUUACUGUGUAAUAGAUGAAAUUCAUAUGUACAUAUGUUUUAAAUACGUAUUACAUAAAUUACUAUUAUAUAAAUUAUAGUUAUAAAUAAAAAGAUAGAGUGAAAAAUGUAUGAUGUACAAAUACGUACUUAAUAAGUAUAAAAAAUACUUUUUUCUUCACUAUGUAUUAAUUGAAACUAGUUAGUGUAGAGUCGAACAAUUUGUAAAGAAUGUUGCAUAAAUUAAAAAUUAACCAUUUUUAAUUACAAGUUUACUUGUUGAUGCAAAGAAUUUUAAUUAUCGUAUCGAUUUAAUUUAUAAGCUCACUUUCAAGUGCUUAAAUUCCCUUUAUGAUUGUAUAAGUUGUCAUUAAUACAAAAAAAUUUAGGAAUUUAUUGCCACUACCGAAUGUUCUUUUAUAUUUAUCAUAAAGUUUUUACAGAUAUAUAGUAAUAUAUAUGCACACGUAUCUCAGUUACAGUUUUAUAUUACAAAUCGCAUUAAUGAAUCGACUUUCGAUGGAGGUUUCUCAGAUUCUAUAUCUUGUGUAAUGACUAUAUUAUUUAUUAGAAUUACUAUUCUUUCCUCCGUUACAGUGAGGAAAUUGUAAUAGAUGACUUGCAUUUUUAUUAUGGACUGACUCUACACUACAAACUAAUCCGUUAAUAAGAUAUUAAAAUAAACCGUUCACAUAAAAUAUCAGUUGAUUCAUAAUCCGCUAAAUUAAAUUAUUUAAUUACACAUCCUAUGUAUGUAUGGUAAUGAGAAGUAAUUAGAUAGAUAUUGCUAUGUCAUAAAGUGUACAUCAUUUUAUUGUCAACAUAUAACUAUUUACCAUCCUUGCCAUUCACAUAAUUUACAGAUUUCGAUUAAUUUAGUGACUUUGUACACGUUAUGUGAUCAAUUUUACACAACUUCUUGAGACAACAUCGAUCGAAAUUUGGUCAGUUAAUUAUGAAAAAAUAAGUAAUCAUACCAUACAAAAUUUAUCUCGGUAAAAUAAAACGAAUGAAUCUGAUCUUAAGUUAAAAUGGCGAUAUUUGCAUAUAAAUACGAUACUUAAUGCUACUCUGUGCAAUAAACGUAAUUAACUUUAUAAGNU